AUGGCGUCGAUCGCAAGCUCGCUCUCGCUGCCCGUCACGACGUCGUUCGGUGGCGCACACACAUUGUGGUGGCCUCCGUCGACGUCGGCACCACGAGUGGUGCUGCUGUUCAUUCCGGGCAAUCCAGGCGUCGCGUCGUACUACAUGGACUUUCUGCACUCGAUCUACACGUCGACGCGGCUCAAUCAGCGCGGUAUCGAGAUCGUCGCGGUCUCUCACCGCGGCCAUGCGCGGCUCGACGAUCUCGCCACCAACACGGCGCAAGCUAAGAGUCACGCAUCCAUGCGCUACGGCUCGUUGUGCGAUCAGGUACAACACAAAUUAGCCGUACUAGACGCUAUCCAUGAGCAGUACAAUGCCGAACAGCAUAACACGGACGUCGUGAUUGUGGGUCAUAGCAUUGGAGCGUGGAUUGCAACUCAGGUGGUCAAGGCUAGACCGAAACACGUGCAGGCGCUGCAUCUCUUGUUUCCCACACUGGCGUGGAUAGGCAGUACGCCGAAUGCGCGCAGGAUAUCGCUGCUGUGUCAUGCGCUCACCAUGCGGCUGUUGUGCGUUGCGCUGUUCCUGCUUUCGCUGUUGCCCGUGUGCGUGGUGGUGUGGAUGGUGAGCUUGAUCACGCGUCAACCGGUGCGUGCGGCGUUGGCGACAGCGCACUUGCUGACAACCCGCGGUGCGGUGCGGAAUGCACUGCACAUGGCAACCGACGAGUUUGCCACCGUGCAGCAGCUCGACGCUCCAACCAUAGAGGCCAUCGACACGUUCACCGAGCAGCCGCGCGCAUACCUGCGCUCCUACUGGGCGCCCAGAGACACAGAUGGCUGGGCACCCGAGUGGAUCCGCACCCAAGUCGAGUCGGCUUUGCGCUUGCACCACGUACAUCUCCCUCGCUCACUACAACUCGACACACCACAUACACUCGUCCCACCUCGCAGCUUGAGCCUCCAACCCAUCGCAUCCCUUGCCAUCCCCAACCCCAACCCCACCCCAGUGCCACAAUCCACCCAAUCCCAAUCGCAAACCCAUCCCCAUCACCCACUUCCCAACAGAUCCUCUACUCACUGCAAACUAGCCAUCCCCCACGCCUUCUGUCUACACCACUCGCACCACUUGGCCAACAUCGUCGCCUACUGGAUCACCACAGAUCACAUCGACACCUAG